ACAGAUACAUGCACUUACACCGGGUAAGCAACAGACACGGUACAGCACAAUGAGCAGUCCAGGAUUUGGAAACAAGGACAGGCAGGAACCCCUCAGGUAUCUCAGUAAACAGGAUGCUGAAGAACUAGAAAGAGAGUUGCUAGAAGAUUACCGCUUUGGAAAACAACAGCUUAUAGAGAUUCUAGGACACUGCUGUGCAAUUGCUGUUACAAAGGUCUACCCACUCAGCACACUACCAAAAAAGCAGCCCACCAUUCUGGUAAUCUGUGGUCCUGAGCAGAAUGGGGCUAUCGGCCUAGUAUGUGCCAGAAACCUGCGCAGUUAUGAUUAUGAACCCACAAUAUUUUACCCUAAAAGGUCACUGGACAGUUUGUACAAGGACUUCAUAGUUCAGUGUGAGAAGAUGGACAUUCCCUUUCUUUCCUACCUUCCGACUGAAGUUCAGCUAAUUAAUGAUGCAUAUAAUUUGGUGGUUGAUGCAGUGUUGGGGGUGGAGACGGAAUUAGGAGAGAUGAAAGAGCCAUGUUCAAGUAUUUUGGUGACCAUGAAACAGAUAAAGAUUCCAAUAAUCAGCAUUGAUAUUCCAUUGGGCUGGGAUGUGGAGGCUGGGAAUCAGGAAGGCAUUACACCUGAUGUACUUGUAUCACUGGCAGCACCCAAAAAGUGUGCUCUACAAUUCUCUGGGAAACACCACUUCAUUGCUGGAAGAUUUCUUCCUUAUGAUGUGCAGAAGAAAUUUGAUCUGAACCAACCAGAAUAUCCUGGAACAGAAUGUUUGCUGGAGCUGGAAAUUGAGAAAUCUGUUUUCUGAGUUCUAAUCUGUCAAUAAAUAUAUUUGUUUUCUUUAA